CGGUAUGGCCGCCCGCGCAAUCCGUACGGCCUGCAGAGAGGCGUCUGGCGGUCGAGUUGUGGGAGCGCCGUGGGGGAGGCGCUGGGCCACAGGGGUCCGGAAGCCUGGCGGGCGGCCGUGGGAGGGCGCGCGUCCUGGCGGAGGUGCGAGCACGGGCCGCACGUGUGUCCGCUCGCCGCGGCCGCCGCUGCGUUCCCCGGUCCUAGCCGCGGUCACCUGAGACCAGGCGGCCCCUAGCGCUAAGCCGGCCGCGGCCCCGAGAGGCUCUGCUCUCGCCUGCCUGAGCUCCGGCCUUGGCCGGCCUGGGAGCUUCGCAGUUGGCCACACCGGCCUUUUCCGCGCCGGUGACUGGCCAUAUUCGAAGGAGGAUUUCAGUGGACGUUAGGGGACCGAGAGGGGCUCCUGUGAGAGACCGAAGUUUCCGUCCCCACAGCCCUGUCCUUGCUGAAAAGAGAUUGCGUCAGAGCCCCUGCACCCCAGAAACGAGUCAGGCCUUCAGGCGUCUCGGGCAGCCGAAAUCUCUGCCGAGAGACGACACAUCCGACCGGAGAGCUGCUACUGCUCUAACUAGAACGUUAGGGCAAAAAUCGCAAAGCCUGGGGAAACGGGCACAUCUUAGAGCUGCUGGGGCCAGUGGGAUUUUCUUACCCUCAUGGGUUUGCGGGGGAGGCUUGGCCUGUUUGGUCCAAAGCCUAGUGGAGAGGGGCGAGGGAGGUGCAGCUUGGAGAGACAGGAAAGGCACCCGAGGAGAGGGUGUGUGAAGGUAGCAGGAGCUGAUUAACUUUUUUCCUACAGUCUUGCUAGACUGCUGCUGAGUCUAUGUCCUGCAAGGUGGACUUGAUUUUCAUGGUUUUUUCGCUUUCCCUAACUCUACUUUUCCAGGCAUCUGUCCUUCUUGAGAGGAGGAAAUGACCAAGUUCCAGGAACCAGUAACCUUCAAGGAUGUCUCUGUGGAUUUCACCGAGGAGGAGUGGGGUUGCUGGACCCUGCUCAGAGGAAGCUGCACACAGCUGUGAUGCUGGAAAACUACAGUCACUUGGUCUCAGUGGGGGACACCUCUGCUGACUGGGCUUGGGAUGGAUCUAAUAAGAAUCCAGAUGGAGACUUGAAUGAAAAUUCUGUGGAGAAUCAACAGAAAGGACUUAGGUUAUCUCUUACCUGAAUAGCUUUCCUCCUGGCAAAUUUUGGAAGAGGUGGCCAGUACAAUAACUGGGAGUCAGGAUUAAAUUGUGAAUCUUCAGUGUACAGGAACCCUGAACUAGAUCUUCCCACUUGUCAAAAGUGGGGAGAAGCAUCUUCUCAUAUUUCCAAAAACAAAAGCAGUUUGGUGACUCUUCAGAGUGAUGAUUUAAAAAACAUGGAAAGUGAAGAAUAUUUGUCUUUGAAAGUCCCAAGCCAAAUGGCCACACAGGACUCCUCAGUGACGUUCUGUAAGAAUGAGCCCCAAGAUCCUCAGGAAAACAAAAGUCUGUUUGUAACUGAAGAAAGCACUGAGAGGAAAAUCUCAGAGGGGAAAAGUCCUCCCAUCGGCCAUUGUUCAGAGAAACUUCAAAAUAAACUUGUGUCUGAUGUAAAAGAAGUGGUCUCGCCCUCAUUCAGAGGUGAGACAAUAUGCCAGAUUGGCCAGUCAAAAGAAUCCUUGGAUCCCUUUGACUGUAACCACAAGGACAUUUGUGGUUGGAAAUCAUGGGUGAUCAGUCGUAGUCAUCAGAGAGCUCAUACAGAGGAGAAGCCCUGUACCCAUUAUGACUGUGGGAAAAUACGUACCACCAGCCCAGCUGGUCACCCAGGUGAGAAAAUCCACACUGCCGAGAAACUAUACAGAUGUAGUCAGUGUGGUAGGGACUUCAGUGAGCGCUCAGAGCUAGUCCUUCAUCAGAGGGACCACACAGAAGAAAAGCCCUACAGAUGUGAUCAGUGCGGGAAGGGCUUCACGAGAAGCUCAAGUCUCCUCAUCCACCGCGAAGUCCACGCAGAUGAGAAGCCUUAUAAGUGCGACAAGUGUGGGAAGGGCUUCACGAGGAGUUCAAGUCUGCUCAUUCAUCACUCAGUCCACACAGGCGAGAAGCCUUACAAAUGUGACAAGUGCGGGAAGGGCUUUACCCAGAGCUCCAAACUGCAUAUCCACCAGCGAGUGCACACUGGAGAGAAGCCCUAUGAGUGCGGGGAGUGUGGUAUGAGCUUCAGUCAGCGCUCCAACCUGCACAUCCACCAGCGCAUCCAUACAGGGGAGAGGCCCUACAAGUGUGGAGAGUGUGGGAAGGGCUUCAGUCAGAGUUCAAACCUUCACAUCCACCGGUGCUCACACACGGGGGAGAAGCCUUACCAGUGCUAUGAGUGCGGGAAGGGCUUCAGCCAGAGCUCAGACCUCCGCAUCCACCUCAGAGUCCACACUGGAGAGAAGCCCUAUCACUGCGGCAAGUGCGGGAAGGGAUUCAGCCAGAGCUCCAAACUCCUUAUCCACCAGAGAGUCCACACUGGAGAGAAGCCCUACGAGUGCAGCAAGUGUGGGAAGGGCUUCAGCCAGAGCUCCAACCUCCACAUCCACCAGCGGGUCCACAGGAAAGAUCCCCAUUAAAUGAGGUCUUCAAUCGCAUGCUUGUACACUAAAGACUUAUUUUUAACAUCA